GCCGCGCUCCGCUCCGUGGGAUUUAUGCAAAGGUGGAGAGUGAGAUUCUGGCUCUUGGACCUAGUGGAGCAGCAUUCCCAAUUUUGACUGCUGCUGUUCUUCUUCGAACCCUGCCUGGGUCAGAGCCAAGAAAAGGCGAGUCCUUUUCUGCUGAUAGAGCUUUGGGGGAACUGUUGCUCAGGACCUCUGCACUCCUGACGCGUCGUCACAGUCUCACGCUUUUCUGUAGCUUCACUGUGAAAUCACUCGCAUAUCUGUAGCCCUGUGAAUCUUUCUGCUCAGUGCACAGAGCAGGGGUCCAGGAAAACAUCAAGUGCUUGAAAGAGGGAUUCAGUCCUGCGGGAGCUGUCUGAGGUGCUGAAGCUCCUCAAGCGUUUAUCUCCAGCAGCCCCAAGGGGUUACAUGUCACAUUUUCACUUCUGUCUUUCUGGUCCCCCAUGCCUUGGAUAAGACUGCUUUCAGGAUCGUGGAUCUCUUUCCGUAUCAUGGCCCACGUGAGACACUUUCGGACACUAGUUUCUGGAUUUUACUUCUGGGAAGCCGCACUGUUACUGAGUUUGGUGGCCACAAAGGAAACAAACAGUGCGCGAUCUCGAAGUGCUCCAAUGUCACCUUCUGAUUUUCUGGACAAACUAAUGGGGAGGACAUCGGGGUAUGAUGCAAGAAUCAGACCCAACUUCAAAGGUCCUCCAGUUAAUGUCACAUGCAACAUAUUCAUAAACAGCUUUGGCUCCAUUGCAGAGACGACUAUGGAUUACAGAGUAAACAUUUUUCUUCGUCAGAAGUGGAAUGAUCCUCGUCUUGCAUACAGUGAAUAUCCUGACGAUUCAUUAGACCUUGACCCGUCUAUGUUGGAUUCCAUUUGGAAACCUGACUUGUUCUUUGCUAAUGAGAAGGGGGCUAACUUCCACGAAGUCACCACAGAUAACAAGCUGCUAAGAAUUUUCAAAAAUGGAAAUGUCCUUUAUUCAAUAAGGUUGACAUUAACACUCUCCUGUCCAAUGGAUCUCAAGAAUUUCCCAAUGGAUGUACAAACAUGCAUAAUGCAACUUGAAAGCUUUGGGUACACAAUGAAUGAUCUCAUUUUUGAAUGGCAAGAUGAAGCCCCAGUACAAGUGGCUGAAGGACUCACUUUGCCUCAAUUUCUGUUGAAAGAAGAAAAGGACUUGCGGUACUGCACUAAACACUACAAUACAGGAAAGUUUACAUGCAUAGAAGUGCGAUUCCAUCUUGAGCGUCAGAUGGGCUAUUACUUGAUCCAGAUGUACAUCCCCAGCCUCCUGAUCGUUAUUCUAUCCUGGGUCUCAUUCUGGAUUAACAUGGAUGCAGCCCCAGCUAGAGUAGCUUUGGGCAUCACCACUGUACUUACUAUGACCACACAGAGUUCUGGAUCCCGGGCCUCCUUACCAAAGGUGUCAUACGUCAAGGCUAUUGACAUUUGGAUGGCGGUGUGCCUCCUUUUUGUGUUCUCAGCACUUCUGGAGUAUGCAGCCGUGAAUUUUGUCUCAAGGCAACACAAGGAGCUGUUGAGGUUUCGGCGAAAGAGAAAGAAUAAGACGGAAGCUUUUGCACUGGAGAAGUUUUACCGUUUCUCAGACACGGAUGAUGAGGUGAGGGAGAGUCGAUUCAGCUUCACUGCCUAUGGAAUGGGGCCCUGUCUGCAAGCCAAGGAUGGUGUGGUUCCAAAAGGCCCCAACCACGCUGUCCAGGUCAUGCCAAAGAGCCCUGAUGAAAUGAGGAAGGUCUUCAUCGACAGGGCUAAGAAGAUUGACACCAUCUCCCGAGCCUGCUUUCCGCUAGCAUUCCUGAUUUUUAACAUUUUCUACUGGGUUAUCUAUAAAAUCCUUAGGCAUGAAGACAUUCAUCAGCAGCAAGACUAAGUCUCUGAAGGCAUACAGAAACAGAGCAUUCAGAAGAAAGAUUCCCUGACAAAGGAGUGGGGGGGUGUGCGUGUGGGUAUAAGCAUAUAGGGAAAGAGUUUAUUUUGAUUUCCUGUGUAAAAUAUCCAGAUAGAUUGGUUCUUUUAAGGGAUACAAAAUACACAUUGUAGGGGUCCUGCUUCAUAUUCCUGACAAGUGAUUUGUUGUCUUCCUAGUGUGAAUGUGUGUUGCAUAUAUUUUACUAGCACAUAGAGUAACUACAUUGGGAGUCUUGAUUUUUAAUUCAAGUAUAGUAAAUGCUGUGGAAUCAAGAUUUACACAAUAAAACUUAUAAAGCAAUUAUAGCAAAAUGAUGAGGAUAAUAAAAUAGCUUAAGAUAUACAGCAUAUUGACGAAGGAAGGUAACCAGAUCAUUAAAUGUCAAGGUCACUCCUGCUAGAACACUAUCCAUAGAACAGUGUAGAACCAACACCCAUAACGAAGAAAAUUGGAUCGGCAAAAUGAAAGCCAUCAUUUAGAACACUAUGGCUUAAGCAAUCAUGGUCAUAAUAUUCUACUUAUCUUUACACCACUAGGAAUGAAGAGGAAGAUACUGAAGACAGUCUUUGCUUGUAAAUAAGUGUUACAUUUAUUUUACUUAGUGCCAAACACUAACGACUUUAAGCCAAUACGUGUGUUUUUCUUAAAUUUAAUAGUGGCUUAUUUGUAUGUUUGGUUUUUCUGUAACUAAACAAGAUCCAAUAAGACUUUUCUAUUUAGUGUAGAAUGAGACUUUAAAUAUUAAUUAUACUACAGCACUUACAUUUUGAUAAAAACAAAUACAAAUAGAUUCAUAAAAGAUUUUUAAUAAGAAUCAUUUCUCUCAUUGAAGUUUCUUCUCAUCAGAGUAAUCCAUGAGCCCAAAAUGUCUCCAAAUUGUAGGAGGAUGGAUUUUAAUUCUAAGUGAUUUUAACAUACCAGUUCCAUCAAGUGAGAUUAUUUUAAUCUUUAUAAGCUAAUGCAUUCAAAAUAGUAGGGACUCAUGAGUUGUGAAGAAUUAAAAGCAAUUUUGCUUGAAGUUGUUCAUGACCCCUGCAAUUACUUCAGCUGUAUUGAAAUUUUGUUAGCUCAAUCAUACAGAAGCUGUCAAUGUCUGAUUCAUUUACUAUUUUUAAUUAUUAUUGUCAUUCAUAUUAUACUUUAAAACUUUUGGAAUGACUUUGAGAUAUUUUAAUUAUUGACUAGUCUAUAAAAUUAUAUAUAAUGAAAAUAUCAAGAAUUUUAAAAAACAUGCAGAUAUGUUCUAGAGAAAUCAAUUUUUUUAACCCAACGGUACUAUUUUCUGACCUUCAACGACUCCCAAAACUCAAAGCAGAAACUGCCAUUUAAAGCUAAAAGCUUUUCAAUAUCCCUGUAGUUAGGUUAGCCAGCUAUAGAUUUUAAAAGUAUCUUUUUAAAAAGUAAUCCAUGCUGAGCAGUGUUUGUUCAUAAAAGGUAAAAAUAUCACUUUUAUAAGUAGUUUACACAAGAUAAGAACAUUGUGUUUGUGAUUUUAUGCAAAGUCUACAAGUAAAAUAAUUCAUUACCAAGUACUCCCUCUGCCUGAACUACCCACUUGAAAAUUGGAUAUACUUGUUCUCCUUUGAUGUCUAUGAGCCAAAACCAUAGAAAUAUAUUCAUGUAUUAUAUAUUAGAGCAAGAUAUGCUGCUUAUGCUGAGAGGUAGCCAGAGGGUUUGAAGUAAUGAUGAAUUAUAUCCCUUCAAUGUAUGCUAGCAUACACUCUUCUAUACUUAAUACAUCUCACUUCAAAAGUUUUCUAACAUUACUUAAAUUGAGUAAAUACUGCCAGAAGCAAACAGACAUAUAAUAAUCACAAACACACAUACAGUCUAGAGAAAAAAUCACAGGUGUGAUUAGCUUUCAUAUUUGAGGUCAUUAGAUGUCAUUUUCUUCUUUUUUUGGAUCUCUGAAGUUGGAAAAUAAUGUAUCAGACAUGAGGAAAUUUGUCAAGAAUGACAUUAGUUCUACAGAAAUAUUGUUAUCUCAAAUGUACAUUUCCUUAUCUUUCCUUAUAAAUAAUUCUGCUUUCUAUUAUGUUCAACCUGCCUUCCAACACUAAGAAAACACUAAAAGCACCUUCCUCUCACAAGGCAGCCAUUACAAAGCAAACAGGGCUGGUUGAGUCAAGAGGGCUUGAAAGAACAUGCCCUCUUUAAUAAACUAAUGAGAUAUCAAGAGCUUUUAAAAUUAUAAUAUAACAACGUCCUGAGGUAUUUACAUCAAAAUACCUGUGUCAAGUGAGAUUUAGAUCCGUAGUACUGAGGGUUGGAUCCAGAGUUUGUUACAUGUGAGGGAAGAGAUUACUAUUAAACCACAGCCCGAGUCCCAAACUAAAAUUAAAACCAGAAAACUAGCAAUGGGAAGAAAUACUUUAAAAUAUUCAUGUAACCACCACUCAUUUAAUUUGGAGUUUCAGUGGAAACACUCUGAAGUAUUCAAAACUAGCCAUAUUGCAACUACUGGGGGUGGCAGUGGGGAGCAUGCAUGACAUAUAUUUACACUUAAUUUUAAAAUCUAUCCAUUUUCUUAUUAGUAUAGAUGUGUAUAACUUUCUCUUUCUUCCCUAAUCACUACAAGACCUAGAACUUUCUAUACGACUUAUUGUAGAUAUCAGAACUACUUUAGACAUGGGAAAGGAACAUUUUAAGCCACCCUUAUUCUCUCCAGAAUUUUUUCCAUUACACUUAUCUAAAGAUCUAACCAUCUCUCAGCUCUGCUACUCAGAGUAUCAUGAAUACUUACCAUAUUCCACAAUACAUUCUUCUAUGGAUAUAUUCUAAUAAAUUUAAUUUUAAUUUUGAACUAUAAGUACAUGAGCAUACAUAUAUACCUAUUAUAUGAUUACAUGUUCUGAUUUUAUGAAUGUACAGUAUCUAUAUAAGAUACUGGAAGUUAUAAUGGAAAUUAUUAAAAAUAAAUGAUAUAUUUAGAAGAAGAUAAUGGGCUCUUAGCUACUCUAAUAUUUUUGUAAACGAAUACAUUAUGUGAAUAUAGUUAGGUGUAUCUUUCAUAUUGUUUUAAAAUUACUUUUAUCUCAUUUUGUGAAAACAGUUUUCUAUUCUCAUCAUGAUACAUUUUAAUCUGCUAGUUACUUGGAAGAAUAGAGUAUUAUACUGGCAACUAGAUUUACUUUUAUUUAUGAAAUGUAUAGCACAUGAAGUUGACUUAUGAAAAUGAUGACAGGUAAGAGACUAAAAUAGAAAAUAUUUUUAGUAUUAAAUGUCGGAAAAUGGAAGCAAUCCAAUCCAAUCCCCUCUAAAAUAGACUUUACACCAUCACAAACUCCUUAAAAUUAGCAGCAUAUACUCUUUUCUUUUUCAGACAAAAUGGUCAGUAUUCAUUGAACCUGAACAGGUAAAGACUAUUAUAAGAGAGUGGACAUUUUCACUAACAUAUUAGGAACACAUUAGUAUGGUUUCUAACCAUGGAGCAAUUUAAUUUGACAAUCGAUUCAAUUAUAAUAAAUGAAAAUGUGACCUACAAAGAUAAGGAGUAUCUUAUCUCUGUGAGGAGAUUGUUAUAUUAGUGAUUGAAAUUGUAAAGCUCCCUUAACUAAUACCUAACAUUCAAGCACAGCUAUAAUACUUAUAUUCCUGGCCUGUUACUUUGUAUUCAUUUUUAGCAAUACCUGCUUCCAUUGUUUCAGCCCAAUUCAAUUUCUGUGUCAUUCAUUUUAUUUACUUAAGAAACUCAUUGCAGCAUUUUCUCAAGUCAUGAGAUAUAUUCAGGUUUGCAAAAUAGUGACAUAUAAAAUUGUAUGUUUAAUAAAAGGAAUUUGUAAAAGUUCCAUGUAAAUUAUUCCCAGUAACUUUAAAUUCUGUCCUAUAAGUUAGUACUUAUUUUAACUUAAAUAUUUAUUCAUUGUAUUUCAGAUAUAAAGAUAUAUAAAGUCUUAGAACAAUACAUUUUUUUAAAAAAACUAUGAAAUAAGCAUAAUGCUUUUAUUUAGAUUAAAGAUGUAAUUCAAGUACAAUGACCUGAUUAAGUUUAUUUUAAUACUUUAUUUUUCUGUGUAAUGUGUGAGCAAAAAUUAUCUUUGGAGAACAGCAUUUCCACACAGUCUCUAGCCAAGCUUGUUAAUGUUCUUGAGGGAUAGGGACUCUGAAAUGAACGCCAAAAAGGAUUCAGAUGUAAAACUGUACUUGGACUUGUUUGAAUAAUUUUGCAUUUCUUUACUGUUUUCUCUUUAUGAAUUAUGCAGAAGCUUCUCCUUAAGCCCACACUUUAGUGUGUGAUGAGUGAUAAGACUUUGAAAACAUAGAGCAAAGCAUCAAAAGAAACCAUAUGAUAUAUUUUUCCAUGAACUCUUUUUACGUGUUGUGUAAUGACUUCAUUUACUAAUGAGAAAAGUUAGUGUGACAGCCUAUUCCUCAGAAAAACUGCUAUUUUAUGAUAGUAGCUAUUGUCUGAACAUCGAAAGUACAUUUUCCUGAGGAGGAUAUCUGAGUCUCCCUUUCUGUCCAGAUGGGUGCCACAGUUUUUCAUGACAUUGUGAUUCAAAUGUAUUAAAAUGUUCUGCAUGGUUUUAUCAAUUUGCUUUUGUUAUAUAACUUUUAGUUUAUUUUUGCAGCUAACAAAAUCUCUAAUGAAUCAUUAACCUGUGAACAGUAUAUGGUCUUCCUUGUGUAACUGCAGAUAACUUGAUCAGAACUAUAAUAAAAAUUAAUGUUUUUCAACACUGCAA